CUCAGACGCCGCGCGGGGCGGGGAUUGGUCCGCGAGCUCCCGCUUUGGCUCGUCGCAGUUCGUGGCCGCCUCUGCCAGGGCACCUGCUCGCUCGGCCUGUCCCGCGGUGCGGCGAUUCCCUGCUGCGCUCGCUCCUGCCUCCUGAUCCGCAGGGCGAGGAGAAGGGCUGGACCGUCCUGUCUCCGGACCCCGACUGGACCCCACGGCGCGCUGCUGAGCCGUCGCACGGCGAGAUGAGCGCGGACGCGGCGGCCGGGGCGCCCCUGCCCCGGCUCUGCUGCCUGGAGAAGGGUCCGAACGGCUACGGCUUCCACCUGCACGGGGAGAAGGGCAAGAUGGGCCAGUUCAUCCGGCUGGUGGAGUCCGGCUCGCCAGCCGAGAAGGCGGGGCUCCUGGCCGGAGACCGGCUGGUGGAGGUGAACGGCGAGAACGUGGAGAAGGAGACCCACCAGCAGGUGGUGAGCCGCAUUCGCGCCGCGCUCAACGCCGUGCGCCUGCUGGUGGUCGACCCUGAGACGGACGAGCGGCUGCAGAAGCUGGGCGUCCAGAUCCGGGAGGAGCUGCUGCGCGCCCGGGAGGAGCCCGGGCAGGCCGAGGCGCCGGCCGUCGCCGAGGCGCUGGGGGCUGGCGGCGACAAUGAGCCGCAGGCUGCCGCGCCGGAGCCGCGCGAGGCCGAGAAGAGCCCUCCGGAGCGGCGUGAGCUUCGGCCUCGGCUCUGCACCAUGAAGAAGGGCGCCAAUGGCUAUGGCUUCAACCUGCACAGCGAGAAGUCCAAGCCAGGCCAGUUCAUCCGGGCGGUGGACCCUGACUCACCCGCCGAGGCCUCAGGACUCCGGGUCCAUGACCGCAUUGUGGAGGUGAACGGGGUCUGCGUGGAGGGCAAGCAGCAUGGGGAUGUGGUGUGCGCCAUCAAGGCUGGUGGGGACGAGACCAAACUGCUGGUGGUGGACAAGGAGACUGAUGAGUUCUUCAAGAAAUGCAAAGUGAUCCCGUCUCAGGAGCACCUGAAUGGUCCUUUGCCCGAGCCCUUUACCAAUGGGGAGAUCCGGAAGGAGAACAGUCGUGAAGCCCUGGCCGAGACGGCCUCCGAGAGCCCCAGGCCAGCCCUGGCUAGAACCACCUCCAGCGAUACCAGUGAGGAGCUGAAUUCCCAAGACAGCCCCAAGAAACAGGACUCCACAGCACCCUCAUCUACCUCCUCCUCUGACCCCAUCCUGGACUUCAACAUCUCCCUUGCCAUGGCCAAAGAGAGGGCCCACCAGAAGCGCAGCAGCAAACGGGCCCCGCAGAUGGACUGGAGCAAGAAAAACGAACUCUUCAGCAACCUCUGAGCGCCCCUCUCACCAGCCCCCCAGGAAAGCUGGAAGGGCUGGCCACUCCCAUACUGCAACCUAACUCCCUUCCCCUCCUCCCCACUUACCCCCAAAUCGACAUACAAAUCAGCACCAGCAUCUCCCAUCUUGGCAAAUCUGCUUUUUCUAGAGAACUAUAUUCUUCCCUUACUACAAGGAAAGUGAAUGUUUUUCCGUCCUGCCCCAAUCAAAAAGCGGACUCUGUCCCCCUCCUCCUCGCUGAGUGCUUCAGCCUACCAGCUGUCCCCUUGCCACCCCAUCUGGGACAUCACUGGGACCUGCACCAAGCAAGGACUGGACUGGUUGAGAGGUCACCUUCCCUCACGACCCCAAGUGAUGACUGGGUCCAGGGUUGAUCAAGGACUUGAUUACAGCGACAACAUCUCAGAGUGGACAGGAGUGCAUCAUCCUGAAAGUUGUGGCUUGGGCGUUUUAUUUUUGUUCAUUUGAUUUUUUUUUUUUUUUUAAAGAGUGCAGUAUCACAGAGUUUAGAGGGAUUUUUGUUUCUUUGAUUAACAUGAUUUUCUGGGUUGUUGCAUCCUGGACAUAGCAGCAGCCCCAGCCUUAAACUUUGUUUCUUCUCCUACCCUAGAGACCCUGGCAGCAUGGGGAGGGUUUGAAGAUGCCCAGCCCAGCCCUGAGCCAGGCACCACCAUUAUAAGGAAACUCUGUCAGAAAUCCAACUGAUUUCUCCAAACCA